AUGGCGGAUCCGACGACGUCCCCCGAAGACCACGGCAAGCACUCGGAGAUGGCGUUUGGCGAUGGCGUCUUUGACCCCGCUUUCUUUGCCGAAGCCUCCAGAGCGGGAAGCGUGGUGUCAAGGGCCAACAGUAUCAGCUCCACAAGUGCCUCCUCAGUACCAAACACAGAUGAUGAGGACAGUGACUGCAGGCACGAAACAUCAUACAAAAACUCCUACAAAGAUCGUCGGAGGCAAGCGCACACGCAGGCCGAGCAGAAGCGGCGUGACGCCAUCAAGAAAGGCUACGACGACCUGCAGUCAGUGGUGCCGACUUGCCUGCAGUCUGAAUUUGCGGUGGGAACUCAGAAGAUCAGCAAGGCCACCAUCCUACAGAAGACUGUCGAAUACAUCAAGUUUCUUCACAAGGAAAAGAAGAAGCAAGAGGAAGAAGUUUCCCGCCUGAGGAAAGAAGUGACAGCACUCAAGAUUAUGAAAACGAACUACGAGCAGAUUGUGAAGGCGUACCAGACCCACCCACAGCAGGGCGAGGACCAGGUGUCGGACCAGAUCAAGUUCAACAUCUUCCAGAGCAUUAUGGACUCUCUUUUCUUCUCCUUCACCAGCUCUGUGUCAGUCAACAGCUUCCAAGAGCUGUCAGCCAGCGUGAUCAACUGGAUCGAGGAGCACUGUAAACCGCUGAUGCUGAAAGAAUUCGUCAUCUCCGUGUUACGGCAGAUCAAUGGACAGCUCUACUGA